GGGUACGCAGAAAAGGCAUACAGAGGGCUAGUAUAUAUUGAGCUGCGUGCAGUGUUUUUGGUUCCUUCCAGAGCAGCAUAAGGUGUACCACUGUAUCCUGUCCCGCAGGAUCCACUGGCCUCAGACAUGGCACGUCUGGCCCUCCCUGUCUUCCUUGUUCUUUGCCUCUCCCUGCUCCACUUCAGCUCCAGCCGCCCAUCUCGCACCAAGAAGGCUGUGUCAGCUCGUCAGCCCGGAGCUGCAGAGGAAGAUGAUGUGAAGUCCCAGUUUGAGAGGUUGUGGCAGGAGGUGAACUCACUGAAAGAGAUGCAGGCGUUGCAGACAGUCUGUCUCCGUGGCAUCAAAGCUCACAGGAAAUGUUAUCUCACAAUCGAGGAACCCAAACACUACCAUGACGCAAACGAAGACUGCAUUGCACAGGGGGGAACCCUUGCAACACCAAGGGACCUGAUGGAGAACAAUGAACUGAGAGACUAUGCAAAGAGGAGCGCUCCGGGAUCCAAGGACUUCUGGAUCGGUGUGGCAGACAUAGUGAAAGAAAGCCAGUAUGUUGAUGUCAACAGCUUGCCAGUCAGCUUUUUCAACUGGGAUCGCUCCAAGAAGCAGCCCACAGGAACGAAGAGGGAGAGCUGUGUUGCCCUUUCAGUGGCUGCUCAGGGAAAGUGGUACGAUGAGGUGUGUCGCAGCCUGAAAAACUACAUUUGUGAAUAUGUCAUUCCUUGAGGGAGUGUUGUUGUUGUUGACAGCUUGAUGGAAAUCCAUGUGGGUCAUUAAUUAAAAUUGAGCAAAACGGUGUUGUCAGAUAUGUGGCUAUUCAUGAUGGAGACAUGAAUUAUUAUUGGUCACAUAUUAUCAAACUUUAAUUAAUGUGAUAAUUAAUCAGGCUGCUAAUUAGCUUUAAUACACAAGGAACCAGCCAUGUCAUGUUCACUUUGUCUAAAAUUCUGGAGGAAGUCUCAGAAAUAAACAAAAAUGUAAACUGA